AUGAGACAACCGCGAUUUUCCCAGCCGAACUCACGCCCGUUUCCCGCCCGUCCCCAAAGCCGCCGCCUCUCGAACCUCCGACAGCUGGCGCCGGAGAGGGUGCAAUGGUCGGAGCCGAGACCUCCGAACGUGACCUGGCAGCCCGCUGAUGAAAUAAAACGGGCCCGACUGCUCGAACCGGAAAACCGUGCUUCCGUCUUCGAAUUCAGAGAUGGGAUUCGACGUGUUGCAGCUCAGUUUUGGCAAACUUACAAAGAGUAUCGCCAAUGCGGAACCUGUUCAUGGCGGCCCACUCGUUAUAGGUCUCGGGCUCGUCUCCGGUUGGUAUUUUCCAUCCUCGCCCUUUGCCGCCGACCUGAAAUUGGAAGCCCGCCACCAAGGCAGCUGACAUGGCGGCAAUUACAGUGGCUAAAAGUUUGUAAGAAGAAAGGGAGUGGGGUGAGUGGGAAGUGGGCAGCAACGGGUGAUCUGGGCUCUCCGACUGGAGGUCCUCCAUUGGGGGCAACUUGGGACCUCCCGGGCCUGCAACGAUCAGAGCCCGGUCAUAGAAGGGUGUGCGUUCUGACUCCUGGGGCGACGGGGGUGAAUGUGAGAAGGUCGUGCCAAGAGGGCCCCAACUGUGGACGGAGAGGAGGGUCUGGUUGUGAGCACCACAAAAUGCUCACUCGCAGGGGAGGGUGUCGGAGAAGUCUGCGAUCCAACUAA